GCUAGCUACAAAAUAAGCAGCUGCUGCUUCUCUGAAUUAUCCUCUUCAUUUCUCCUGUCGCUCUCUAACUGCAAAACAAAUAUACACAAAAGGAGAGGGUUAUUGGAUAGUGAGGAAAAUUUCAAACAAACGAGAAGGUGUAAACAACAUCAUAUUAUUGUCCAUGUUGGUUGCAUGGUUUGAAAGAGAGAGAAGAAAGAGAUAUAUCUGUUGGAAUUGGGGUUGCAGACUUGCUCAGACAAGCAAUCCAUGGCCUAGAUAGAGUACACUGGACAACGACUUGCAGCUAGCUAGCUAGAUCGAGUAACCAACCCAUCGUCAUCACCUUCACGAGAUUUUUAUAUGCUCAAAUUUUGCUUUUUGUUUCAUCUUAAUUUCCGGUAUAUGAAAUAAUUAUUUGCCUGUGCUACCAGCUGUUGUGCAUGAACAAGCUCUGGUUCAGCUCACUCUCAUGCUUAGUUGUGUACAAAAGGAGAGUGCUUGUUAGUCCGAAUUUUUCCAGAGUGCAAAAGUGGGGUUAAAGUUUGAGUCUUUGGGAGAAAAACCCAAGUAUCUAAAGAGAUCUCAUCUGGGUGUAUUGGGUUUGCUCAUCUCUUUAGUUUCUUUUUCUCUCUUUGGAGUUUUCCUUUCCUAGCUCCAAUAAGGCCAAAAGAAAAUGUUUCCUUCAGUAGCAACCAUGUCCAAUUCAACUUCUUUGUCGACUGAAGAAGCAGCUAGUGUUUCUUCUGGUUCCAGAAUCUCAGAUCACUUUGCUUGUUUACACCCUCUCUCAGUUUCAACCAUUACCUCUUCUCCUCUCGACAAUCAGCAGCCGCCGCAGAAGAUUAAAAAGAAGAGAAGCCUCCCUGGAAACCCAGAUCCUGAUGCUGAAGUGAUAGCAUUAUCUCCAAAGACGCUCCUGGCGACGAACAGAUUCGUGUGCGAGAUUUGCAACAAGGGGUUCCAGAGGGACCAGAACCUCCAGCUUCACAGGAGAGGCCACAACCUUCCAUGGAAACUGAAGCAAAGAAGCAGCAAAGACUUAAUCAAAAAGAGAGCCUAUGUGUGCCCUGAGCCCUCUUGUGUUCACCACCACCCUUCAAGGGCACUUGGGGACCUUACAGGGAUCAAGAAGCACUUCUGCAGAAAGCAUGGGGAGAAGAAGUGGAAGUGUGAAAAGUGCUCCAAGAUCUAUGCUGUUCAAUCUGAUUGGAAAGCUCACUCCAAAACUUGUGGUACAAGAGAGUAUAGAUGUGACUGUGGAACCCUUUUCUCCAGGAAAGAUAGCUUCAUAACUCACAGAGCCUUCUGUGAUGCUCUGGCUGAAGAAAGUGCAAGGAUCUCAGCAAGCCAGUUAGCUAUUGCCACCGCAACUCAGACAUCUCUCUUCCCUUUCCCAGACCACACUCACUUCACAAACCCACCUUCAUUACCAUUCACCACCCUCUCUCCCUGGGACCCAUCCCAAAACCCUAACCCUAAUACCACCCAGAACCCAUUUCACCACCAUAUCAAGCCUGAACAAACUUACCACCAUUUCCCCCUAAACCCAACUCUCUUCCAAGACACACCAUCACCUCAACAGAAGCCCCUGAUAACUUCACCCUUCCAUAACCUCCACGUCAGCACACAGCAAAACUCAAGUGUUGCCACGUCAGGUCACCUGUCAGCUACUGCCUUACUCCAAAAGGCCGCAACUGGUUGUGAACAGGGCCGAGGAAGGACGAGAGGUCGCGGCCGAGGUAGGGUUGCAGGCCGAGUCCGCAAUGUGGAUAACCUUUACGAGGAGGCUGCUCCACGGGCAGAACAGGUUGACCCUGCUACUGUCGUUAGAGACGACGAUAGUCCAACCAUUGGCGCCUCCACGGCGGGGCAGCAGCAGUCUCACUCAGCUGGCUUGGAUGAGUUUGGGACAUUAGGCGGGUUUACGUCCGGAGACCUCGCUACGUGGCAGAAAACUGACCGUCUGACGAGGGACUUCCUCGGCCUGACGUCGGCGGAUGGCAACGGCGCCUGUAAUAUUCAUGGGAAUGGAGCUGUGAACGACGUCAAGGAUAUGCUAUCGUACGCCGGGGGUGCGGUCGAGUUCCAACAGUAUAAUCAUGACCAUCGUCUGCGUGGCCAUCAAACGCUGUUCAAGCCCCAUGGUUUUGGGUUCGUGGAGACUACUGCCUCUGAAACGUGGGGAGAUUGUUGA